AAAUUCAGUUUAACUUGUCUUGUUAAGAAGUCAUGGGGUGGAUUUGGAGGCAUCACUUCAUCCUGCCUUGAGAGUUUAUGGACUGCCUGUAUUCUGAAGCACAGAUCUUUGUCUGACAAAUAUAUUGAGCAAGGAAGUAACACCUGUGGCUGGUGGUUAUCUGACGUGUCUGCAACAAAAUGCUAAAAUGUUUCAUUUGACAGGGCAAUUACUGCAUGUAAUUCCAAAAGAAUCUUUUUUUUUUCCAGUAAAUGCUCCCAGUAAAAAUAUGGAGGCAAAAUUCUCCUUAUUUGUGCCAAAUCCUGAAUUUUCUCCUAUGCCCUUAACGCAGAUGAGAAAGAAGAGCAGGUGUAACCUGAGCUAUGCACUUGCUGGUGCAGGUGUCACGAAGACUGUGCCAGCUGUGGCUGUUUAAAAAGCUGGAUGAACUGCCUGGAAAAGUGUUAAAUUCACCUGGCCUAUCUUUUCCUGCUUCCUGCCAAACACAGUAAAUGGAACACUUGACAGUGGCUGGGGGAUGGAAGCAUCAUGACAAGCUAGGAAGAAAAAGUUCCAUUAAUUCACCCUGCAGGAUCAAGGGUAUAGGAAUUUAUCUUGAUCAGAAAGCGAAUUUCUCAGAAGCAAGUAAUGGAUGUAAACGAUUCAGUCUGCAGCUGGCAAGUAAAAAACAAGUUGAAGAGGCUCUGAAACAUGGCUUUGAAACAUGCAACUAUGGAUGGGUGAAAGAUGGAUUUGCUGUUAUUCCUCGGAUAACAUCCAACCAGAAGUGUGGUCAGGGAAAAACUGGAAUAGCACAAUGGAAUGCUGGCAAGGAUAAAAAAUUUCAUCUCUACUGCUUCAAUUCCUCAGAUGUCCAGAUUAAUUCAUGUCAACCAGACCCAGCUACAACCACAUUUCCUUCAUCAACUGCAUCAAGGGACUUAACUGAAUAUUCAGCCUCUGAUUUGACUGAGAACAUCACAGCAGUGCCCACUGUGGCUGUGACUGAGUCAGAACAAUUCCUGAAAAAGAGAUUUCGUGUCGUAUGCGUGACUGAAACCAUCUUACCAACAGAGGGGCCCACCACACCAGUGCCAGAGGAGCACUCACCCACUGACUCUCCCAGGCACACUCCCCACCUGGCCUUUAAGAAUGAUGCUGUUGUUUUUGGAGGUAUCCCCACUGCACUUCUUGUACUGGCAAUCAUCUUCUUCAUUAUUUCAGUUGUUCUAGCAGUCUGUUAUAUCAAAAAGUACAAGAAAACCUUACCAUUUUUAAACAAGAAUCAGCAAAAAGAAAAAGUUGUCACUACUGCUCUCAAAGAGACAAAAUCAAAUGAUCAAACACCUGAGAAGGAAACACAAAAUAAUGGAAAUCAGGUAGAAGAGUGUAAAACUAAGCCUGAGGCCACAGUAAAAUGUCUAGAAGCAGAAGUUUAAAGGAAAGAACGUACAGUUCUUGGUGGAAGUAUAAAAUGAAGCACACAGAACUUAGCAGUGCUUUUAAACAUAAAUGAUUGUAAAUACUCAUAUUUUCUCUAUCUUUUACAUAUGAAACCUUGUUUUUCAAUAAUUAUGUCUUUGGCAACAAGUAUUCUUGCAGAAGAACAUGGUAUCUUAUUUACUUGAAAUAAAUUCUCCAAAUCCAUAUUACAGCUCAGUUUUCAUCUUUAAUAAAGAAGCAAUUAGGAAUAUGCUAUUAACAACAAUCACUGCAUUAGCUAUUUGCAUGGAAUUCAGAUCAAUAUAUAACAAAAAGAUAUUUUUAUAUCUGGCUGGAGGAUGUCUGCUAGCCUAAUGCCUGAAAUAAAAUGCUGACACUGUAAUUCUUCCUCAUGUAGAUUAGCUUAUUUCCAUUCAGUAUUGCAUGCUGCUUUUAAAAAUGUCUGUUUACAAACAGGAGAAACAGUUCUGUUUACAAGGGAGUAAAAACUCAAAGGAUUAACCCACUGUCAUUUAAAUGCCCAAAGAAGGGUACAAAGAUGCUGACAUUUAUAUAUAUAUAUAUAUAUAUUUACAGCAAUGAAUAACAUACAUACCUUCAUUGUUUACAUAAUUUACCAUUUUAUUUAUUGAAACAAAUAUCAUUCUUCCACAUCAGAUAUUUGACAGAGGGGGAUAAAAAAACCCUUGAACAAGAGUUAUACUGGAGAUCUUUUGUGUGUAUUUAAGUGUGGCUUUCAUAAUAAAGGUCUCAGGUGUUAUGGGAUGUCUACAGCACUCCAUAAAAAAAUAAACUAUGGUGGAUAUGUUUGUCUGGACAAUUUAUUCUCAUGAAAACUGUCUCAUGGUAAAAAGAAUUCAUAUAACCUUAAUGUUACAGAAGAAAUAAGUUGUUAGAAAAUAACAACACUAGCAGUUUAUCAAAUAUUUUCCUGAAUAAAGAAUUCAGAUAACUUA